AGUUUGGUUCUCGCGGCGGCGGCUCCUCCUCCUCCUCCUCCUCCACCUCCUCCUCCUCCUCCUCCUCCGGCGGCGGCGGCGGCGGCGGCGGCGGCCCGGGCCCGACCCCCGGCUCCGGCUCCCCCCUGCCUGCCCUCCCGGCGCCGCGGGGAACAUGCGUCCCCGGAGGCCGGCGACCGAGUGACCCCCCGCGUCGCCCCCCGCCUUGGCCCGGCCGCUCCCCCCACGCCUCGCCCAGGCAAUGACAGCGGCUCCGGCGUCUCCGCAGCAGAUGAGGGACCGGCUGCUGCAGGCCAUCGACCCCCAGAGCAACAUCCGGAACAUGGUGGCCGUGUUGGAAGUCAUCUCCAGCCUGGAGAAGUACCCCAUCACCAAGGAGGCACUGGAGGAGACGCGGCUGGGCAAGCUGAUCAAUGACGUCCGUAAGAAGACCCAGAAUGAGGAGCUGGCCAAGCGCGCCAAGAAGCUGCUGCGGAGCUGGCAGAAGCUCAUCGAGCCAGUGCACCCCACCGAGGCGGCGCUGCGGGGGCUGCCGGGGGCCGCGGGCUCGGCCAACGGGGGCGCGCACAACUGCCGGCCGGCCCGCAGCGUCCACGACCUUAAGAGCCGCAACGACGUCCAGCGGCUGCCCGCACCGCGGCUGGACAGGCUGAGCAGCCAGAAGCGCCGAGGGGACCAGCGGGACCUCGGCCACCCUGGGCCGCCUGCCAAGGUCUCCAGAGUGAGCCACGAUGCCCUGGUCCCCAACUCAUCCCCCCUCCCCACGAACGGGAUCAGCGGGAGCCCCGAGAGCUUCCCAGGGUCCCUGGAUGGCCCUGAGGUGGGCCGCACGGACCCCACCGAGAACGACAAGCUUGGCGGCCGGAUCCCUGUCCACGCUGUGCGGCCGCACACCAGCUCCCCGGGCCUGGGCCAGCCCCCCGGCCCCUACGCACAGACUAAGGCCCCGGGGCUGCAGCAGCUGGACCAGGGCGAUGAGACCCCCGGCCCCCCGCACCCCAGGGGCCCCCGCUGCUCCUUCAGCCCCCGGAACUCACGGCACGAAGGUUCCUUUGCCCGGCAGCGCAGCCCCUGCACGCCCAAGAGCUCCGUGUCCAGCUCCUCACCGCGGUUACAGCCCCUUGACACCCACCAGGUGCCGUCACCACUACCAACAUGCACGCCCCCCGUGCGGCGGCUAGAGCUGCCUCUGCGCGGGGAGAGCCCAGGCCGCUGGCCGGAGCCUGUGGAGAGCCGCCCCCGCCUGGCUGGCCCGCUGCCCUCGGAGCCCCUGCCCCGCACCGGCUUCUCCCCAGACCCUUCCAGGGCGGACAGCGACACAGCCGCCUCUGGGGGUGCGGACAGCAGGAAGAAGAAACGGUACCGGCCCCGUGACUACACCGUGAACUUGGACGGGCAGGUGGCCGAGGCGGGCAUCAAGCCUGUACGGUUAAAAGAGCGGAAGCUCACUUUUGACCCCAUGACGAGACAGAUCAGGCCUCUGACCCAGAAGGAGCCGGCGCGGGCAGGCAGCCCCACGGCCCCGGAGCAGGCCAGGACAGAGCAGGCGCCGGCCGAGGCCAGGGUCUGCCUGCAGAGCCCCUUCGAGCAGACGAACUGGAAGGAGCUGUCGGGCAAUGAGAUCAUCCAGUCGUACCUGAGCCGGCAGAGCAGCCUGCUGCUGUCCUCGGGCACACAGACGCCUGGGGCCCACCACUUCAUGUCCAAGUACCUGAAGCAGGAGGAGAGCCGGCUCGGGGCCAGGCAGCCGCACGUGCUGCGGCCGCACAGCCCGCCCACGGACCUGCCCGGGCUUAGCCGCGAGGUCACGCAGGACGAUCUCGACAGAAUCCAGGCCCACCAGUGGCCUGGUGUCAACGGGUGUCAGGACACGCAGGGUAACUGGUAUGACUGGACGCAGUGCAUAGCGCUCGACCCGCAUGGCGACGACGGGCGGUUGAACGUCCUGCCGUACGUCUGCCUAGACUGAGGGGCCCUGGUGCUGGCCGGGGGCGUGGGGGGCUGGGCCGGGCAGCAGGGGCUCUCCACAGCUGCCCCCCAAACUCUCCUUCUUUUGUGAAAUGCUGCUACCAGUUUACUAACAAAAUGGCAAAGGAAGGACCGCGCAGAAGGAAGGAAGCGAGUUGAGAACUCGAGCGAGCCAGCUGUAAGAUGCCCCUGGCCGCCAGGCCAGGCCCCCGGGGCAGGGGUCCCCACAGCCCCAGGAGCACACGUCUCGGCCCGGGCGGAGGCGGGCUGGUGGGGCCCACCAUGUCAUCUGGCUCCAGUUCAGGUCCCCGUUGUUGAAGAAAUGCUGCCCAGGUUGAGUUUCCUUGCGUUUCUUUCCCCGGCCCCUCCUGUCUGAGCGGCAGCCGGACACUGGCCCCCGGGAGCCACAGGGCAUCCCCCGGUAGCCGGCAGCUCCUAAGCAUUCCUCCAGACGCGUUUGCCUUAUGGUUCUUGGUCAUGACCGCGAGUCGCAGAAACAGGCGCCUUAGUGGACGGACAGCCCUAGCCUUCUGCUCCCGGACGCAGAAGGGCAACUUUGCUAUUUGGUCCAGUAAAUGGACACCUUGUGAUAGAAAUGUGGAAAUAAAAAAAAAAAAUCAUUUGCACAAAC